AUGGCAGCCAAGCAAGCACUCGCACAACAAGGACGCCGUUUAAUUCUCUCCGGCAUUCAACCCACCGGCAUUCCACACUUGGGCAACUACCUCGGUGCAUUGAACAACUGGGUGAAGCUACAACAAGAGCCCGAUGCCACCACAUACUACAUGUUUGCCGAUCUUCAUGCCAUUACGAUGCCCCAGGAUCCUGCUACACUGAGACGCAAUAAGCUUGAUAUGGCUGCGAGUUUGUUGGCGUGUGGUAUUGACCCGAAACGCAGUGUCUUGUUUGAACAAAGUCGAGUGCCUGGACAUGCCGAUUUGAUGUGGGUGUUCAAUUGCUUGACGCCUGUUGGAUGGUUGGGCCGUAUGACACAAUGGAAGUCCAAGAUGGAUGCAUCAGCACGUGGCAACAAGGUGUCUCAUGCGGAAAUGUUGGCGGAUGAAUCCUUGACAACGGGUCUCAAGAUGGGCUUGUUUGAUUAUCCAGUGCUGCAGGCAGCCGAUAUUCUUAUUUACAAGGCGACUCAUGUACCUGUGGGUGAAGAUCAACUUCAACAUCUCGAAUUGGCACGUGACAUUGCUAAGGUGUUUAACAAGACAUUCAAAUCCAAUACCUUCCCCAAGCCCAAUCCUAUCAUCCCUCAAGGUACCAAACGUGUCAUGUCCUUACGUGUCCCCACCUCAAAAAUGUCCAAAUCUGAUCCCUCCGAUCACUCAAAGAUCAACCUGACCGAUGCUCCAGAAUUGAUCCAAAGCAAGAUUCGACGUGCUGUCACUGAUUCAAUUCAAGGCGUCACGUAUGAUGUGGAGAAUCGACCUGGUGUAUCCAAUCUUAUCAGCAUCUACAGCGCUGUGCGUGAUAUCGAGAUUCAUGAUGCGGUCAAGGAAUUCGAAAAUGUCAAGAGCACACAAGCCUUCAAGGAUCAAGUGGCAGCAGCAGUAAUUGAUCGAUUAACGCCUAUUCAAAACGAAUUGAAACGCCUGCAGGAUGAUCAAGGCUAUGUGAUGCAAGUGCUAGAAGAAGGUGCUACCAAAGCUAGUGAAGUUGCAGCAAAGAAUGUUGAAGAAGUAUACAAGUUGAUGGGAUUACGAUUAUAA